CUUCGACUCAAAUUCAUUGCGACUCGCCUACUCAUUUCCCGCAACUCCAAAAUGGAAUUUCUCCCUUCCCACGUUUUCCAUGUCCCGCCCGUUCAAAGAAAAAACUAGAUUCGGUGAUCGCAGUCCGACGGGUUUUACUCGUUUCGCGCCUCGUUAACAGCUUGGAACUCUAAGACGAACUAUAGGGCAGAAGAAGAUUAUUAAACGGAGCCUAAGGGGCCAAAUGCCGAGCCUGAAGCGGUGCAAGGCUGAAAUUGGCGGCGAGGUCGAGGGCAAUGGGACUGUAGAGAGCAGCGGGAAGAAUCGGAGAGUGGACAUGUUUUUUCCAAUGGAUAUCAGCAAUGUAGAAGAAUCGCCAGAGCGUAAAAAAAGGAUCUUUGACGAUAAAAAAGACGUUUUUAUCGUACCCGCCGAAUCUAAUUCCCUUGCAUUGGUUAGCGAAGAGGACUACCGUAGCGCUUGCAGGAACUUUCGUGUUAAGAAGUACUCUGCUUCGCGAAGUACUCUCACUUCUUUAUCCGAAAGUUUUCUGGGGGUGGAAGAUCCCGCGAGCUUUUAUUCCGACGCAGUUAGCAAGGAGCCUAAUUUGGGAAGGGAGAUUGUUGAAAGACGGAAGGAUUACUUUUUUCCAGGGGAUUUUAGCUUAGGGGAUGUGGUUUGGGCGAAAUCAGGGAAGAAGUAUCCUGCUUGGCCUGCGGUUGUAAUCAAUCCAAUGCAGCAAGCUCCUGCUAUGGUCCUCAAUUCCUGCAUUCCUGGAGCUCUUUGUGUGAUGUUCUUUGGGUUCUCUGGAAAUGGACAAGAAAGGGAUUACGGCUGGGUGAAACAAGGGAUGCUAUUUCCAUUCAUAGAUUAUUUGGAUAAGUUUCAAGGGCAGACGCAGCUCUACAAGAGCAAACCCAGUGAGUUCCGGAUGGCUAUUGAGGAAGCCUUCUUAGCCGAUUAUGGUUUUGUAGGUGCCGAAGUUGAUGAAAUGAGCAUGAUCGGGCAAAUGCCAUAUGAUCAAUCUGUUCUUAGAGGGAUCCAAGAAGCAACCAGCUCAAACCAUGACCUGGAAUGUCAUUCACAUAUACAGGGCGAUGACAAAUCAGGACCUCGAUGUCAUAGUUGUGGAUUGAUCAUUCAAUCCAAAGGCACAAAGAAGAUGAAGAUGCUGUCGGAACAAUUGGUCUGUAGGCACUGUGCAAAGUUGUUGAGGUCAAAACAAUACUGUGGCAUAUGUAAGAAGAUCUGGCAUCACACAGAUGGUGGUAGUUGGGUUUGCUGUGAUGGAUGCCAAAUUUGGGUUCAUGCGGAAUGUGACAAAAUAUGUGACAACCUUAAGGAUAUUGAAAACUCAGAUUACUACUGUCCGGAGUGCAAGUCAAAAUUUAAUUUUGAAUCAACAAAUGCAAAGAAGAAGCACUCUCAAGCGAGAGAUGUUAACAAUUUGCAAGUGGCACGACCUGGUGAGAUAGCUGUAGUUUGCUGUGGUGUGGAUGGAACAUACUUCGUUGAGCAGCACAUGGUAUUAUGCCAUUGUGGUUCUUGCAAGCUUCAGAAGCUAACGCCAAGUGAAUGGGAGAGGCAUACUGGCUGCAGAGGCAAGAAGUGGAAGAGUAGUUUAAAAGUUAAAAGUACAAUGCUGGCACUAGGAAAAUGGUUGGAUCAUUAUGAUGCGCACUUCCCAAACCAUGCUAAGGGCCCAUCAUUAAAAGUGAGAAAAGAGAAAUUGCUUGCUUGUUUACAUGAAGGAUAUCAGCCAGUGUUUGCUAAAUGGACAACAGAGCGCUGCGCAAUCUGUAGAUGGGUUGAGGACUGGGAUUACAAUAAGAUUAUAAUUUGUAACAGGUGUCAAGUAGCUGUUCACCAAGAAUGCUAUGGAGCCAAAAAUAUUCGAGAUUUCACAUCCUGGGUGUGUAGAGCUUGCGAAAAACCUCAAUAUAAACGAGAGUGUUGCCUUUGCCCAGUGAAAGGUGGUGCUUUGAAGCCAACUGAUAUUGAGGAACUCUGGGUUCAUGUUACAUGUGCAUGGUUUCAACCAGAAGUCUCUUUCUUAAGUGAUGAAAAGAUGGAGCCUGCUGUUGGAAUAUUGAACGUCCCAUUACAAUCAUUGGCAAAGACAUGUUCGAUAUGUAAGCAGAUGCAUGGUUCUUGCACACAAUGCUAUAGAUGUUCCACCUACUAUCAUGCUAUGUGUGCAUCAAGAGCUGGAUAUCGCAUGGAGUUACACUGCAUAGUGAAAAAUGACAAACAAAUGACAAAAAUGGUAUCAUAUUGUGCACAACACAGGAUUCCAAAUCUUGAUAACGUUUUAAUCAUACAAACUCCUCUCGGAGUCUUCGCUAGUAGAAGUUUACUUCAUAAAAAGGAGAAGGAAAGUUGUUGUAGACUGAUUCGUAAAGACACCUGCGACGACGUGACCAUCACAACGCCUAUUUUAGAAACUUCUUCAGCUGCAAGGUGUCGAAGCUAUAACAAGAUGGAUUCUAAGAGUAAGCAGGAAGAGCCUAUUGUUCAUCAUCUUACAGGACUUCGUGUUCAUCCUUUGGAGGAAAUUCAAAGUUUGAAUGCACCUAUGGAGGAUCCCAAAUCGUUUUCCUCAUUCAGUGAACGCCUUUACAAUCUACAGUUAACAGAAAAUAGUCGGAUCUGUUUUGGGAGAUCCGUAAUACAUGGAUGGGGCAUGUUUGCACGUAGGAAUAUUCAAGAAGGUGAAAUGGUUCUUGAAUAUCGUGGUGAGCAAGUGCGGGGUAGUGUUGCAAAUCUAAGAGAGGCUCGUUACCGGUCAGAAGGAAAGGAUUGCUAUUUAUUCAAGAUUAGUGAAGAGGUUGUGAUCGACGCGACAAAUAAAGGAAACAUAGCACGUUUAAUUAAUCACUCUUGCAUGCCCAAUUGCUAUGCAAGGAUUAUGAGUGCAGGCAAUGAUCAGAGCCGGAUUGUACUCAUUGCUAAGACAAAUGUAUCUGUAGGCGAUGAGCUAACGUAUGACUACCUGUUCGAAACCGACGAAGCCGACGAAUGCAAGGUUCCAUGCCUCUGCAAUUCACCAAACUGUUGUAAGUUUAUGAAUUAAGAGUUUGUUCAUGAAAAUCAAUUCUUUCAAAACAAGGGAGUAAGUCUUCCCUUCCAUUGAAAUUAAGCCUUCCCCUUCAACAUUAUUUUUGAUUUUCUUUUGAUUUUUCUUAUUUCUCCAAUAAGCUUUUUAUCUGA